GAUAGAGCGAGCAAACGAGAGAGAGAGACAGGAAGACAAGAAGCGUGUAUUUGCAGAGCGUGCGCAGCUAGAGGAGAGAAACCCUUGCACGCACGGCGUGCGUCCGCAACGAACAUGGACUAAAGUGAUCGCGGCGCUCAGCUUCCACGCCAAGUGUGCUCCACUGUGAACUUCGCCAUGGCCGCUUCUGCCGCUGCUCCUGCUGCUUCUCUGGGGGAAGUUGGCGGCGUCCUGCACGGUAUCGACGGUAUCGCGCACGUUGGAUCUCAUUUCCUGCUGACCCCGAUCGUGGACAGUCCACCGAUCCUGCUGGGGGAACAACUCUUGCCCGGGGAUAGACUGUCCCGCAGCUCGGUCGCGGAUUUAGCGCACCUUAAAGGGAUCCUGAGGAGGAGACAGUUGUACUGCAGGACCGGCUUCCACCUGGAGAUACUUCCGGAUGGCACUGUGCAAGGAACCAGAAAGGAUCACAGUCGUUUCGGUAUUUUGGAAUUCAUAAGUCUUGCUGUUGGCCUAAUAAGCAUCCGAGGAGUUGACAGUGGACUCUAUCUGGGAAUGAAUGACAAAGGAGAGCUGUAUGGCUCUGAGAAGUUGACAGCUGAAUGCGUAUUUCGGGAGCAGUUUGAGGAGAACUGGUACAACACAUACUCGUCUAACCUCUACAAACAUGGAGACAAAGGGACUCGUUACUUUGUGGCUUUGAACAAAGACGGGACACCAAGGGAUGGGACCAAAUCCAGGCGGCAUCAGAAAUUCACACAUUUCUUGCCCAGGCCUGUUGACCCUGAUCGCGUGCCAGAGCUAUACAGAGACAUCUUGGGCCACAGCUGAGACCCGCCAAGGUCCGGUCCGGAGCAGGAAUAGCUGCUGCCGCCCUCGCACGCACGCGAGCGAGCGAUAGGGGAUGGACGCAGGCAGUACUGGCUGGAGGAUAGCGGGCCAACGGGCCAACGGGCAGGGAUAAAGGUACUGGGGCCCCCUCCAGGAAUGCACGGGCAUCUCUCAGCAGCCACAGACAGGCGAGACUGUCUGACUCUGUCAGUCUGCACGCUCAGCAUGAGGGGUCAUUUUCUUCUCGUUGGCGGAAGAACCUCAAAGUACCUGCGAGGAAUAGGAGACCAAGCGAAAAACGGCCUUCUCUUAGAGUGGGAGUAUGUGGGAACGUGUUUAUUUGGGUGCUUCGGUCUGUUCUGGAGGACUUUGAAGGAAAACCGUGACUUUUUUUUUUUUAAAGAGGAGCUAAAGCAUACCGAUUUAUUUAUUCCUAUUAGAUGCAUAUAUUUAUGGUAUAUAUAUUUAUUUAUUUGAGAAUUUAUUUUUACAUUUAGAUACAUGCAAUAUAGAGAAACUACUAGAAACUGUAUGAAUUAUGUAAAGGCUGAAACACUGUACUAUAAUUGUCUUUUAUCCUGAGAAAGGCUCCACAACACUGUAGCACCACCAAGAAUAUGAUCAAUAUUCAUGACAUUUGUAAUGGACCCGCCAACAUUUCCCAAUGCAUUUCACAACAACUACCAAUCAAAAUUUAAAGAGCCCCUGCCUGGCACACUUACAAAUUUGUGUGUAAUCAGCAAGAUCUCUUAUAAAUGAUUCAUGUCCAACAAUAAAUAAGAAUGUGAUCAUAAUAAGUUUUACUGUGAGAGUCACCGCAAACUUCCUGUAUGUCCAAUGUUACUUCACAAAGGUACGCUUGACUGGUUGCCUUUAUCAUCCACAGUUUCAACAUAUAAAGCUGCUUACGAGAUCAAUGUUGUGUUUCUUCAUCAUGCUUACGAGCAGCUCGUAUAGAGCUAAUGCCCACAUAAAAACCUCAAAGUCCACAAUGGACCAAUUACAAUGUUGACCUCGAG